UCGUGCACAGGUCCACAUCUGCCUCCCCAUGCAGACCCCCGUGAAAUGAAUAAAGCACCACAACCUCUUACGGGACCCCCCUCCGCCCCCCAUCCAGCCCCCUCGCCCGGUCUUUCACAGCCACCGUUUCCCCCUGGCCAACCCCCUUCUGUUCUGUUUGCACCCUCACCACAGCCACAAAUGAACCCCACACCGCAGGCCCGACAGUUUGCUCCAGGGCCUCGCGCUUUACACCAACAGGGAAGCUUCAGGUCUCUGCAGCCAUUCUACACCAGCAGGACAGGGCUGGCUCCCAGCACUGGCUCUCGUGGAAUCCCCCCCAGCAGUGCCCCCCGUGCCGUGACUCCCACCCAUGUGUACCAAGCAGGCCCUGGCUCCCAAAUGAUGAUGAUUCCUCAGCAACAGCUGUCCUUCCCCAGCUCACCUCAGGGUCCGGCCUACUUCAUACCUGGGCAGUACCGGUCAGCCGCUUAUAUGACGACACCCCAGCAGUACCCAGUCCCAGCAGGAACUCCAGGCUUCUACCCUGGAACCAGCCCCGCUGAAUAUGGUACUUUUGGGGCGUUUUACCCCGCUCAGCCUCAGUUCCCCCCCCCCGUUCAGGCUGGGCCGGUGAUCAUGAACCCAGCUCCUCAGCAACAGCAACCACCCCAGCCCCCCCAGCACAUCUCAACCAAGCGGGAACGCAAACAGAUCAGAAUAAGAGACCCUAACCGGGGAGGCCAAGACAUCACAGAAGAGAUUAUGUCAGGGGGCCGGACUGGCUCUACUCCAACCCCUCCUCAGACGGCCGUAUCUGCAUCAGAGAGGACCGCAUUACCCCAGGCUAACGGUGAGAGCCUCGCAGCUGCUGCAACACCUGCACUGGUUCCACCAGAUGACAGGGGGAAACCUGCACCUCCUCCUCUGUCAAACACCCCCGAGCUUGAUAAGAGCAGCCCCGCCCCCACGGAGGCCACCUCCUUUGACUCAAACAUAAAGGCGCCGGUGGCUCUGCAUUUAGAAACACCAAAUUCAUCUCUUAACACUGUUUCCACUUUUGGACCUAUUUUACCGCUUUCAGACACCAUGGCUGCUCUCCACCCUCAAAGGGAACCCAUCCCAACGCCUCUGCCGGCUCCUGAGGUACCUGCAUACCCUGCCCCCCUCCCUGACCCAGUCCCCGCCCCCUCCAUAGAGAAACAAAUAGACGAGACGGAUGUAGAGAAACAAGAGGAAGACCUCAAAGAAACUGAAGCUGAAGAAACUCAAAGCUCUUUGGACGUACACAGUGCUCCGCCCUCUGGCACUAAUGGAGUGGAGGAGGUGGAGCCAGAGCCCUUGUCAGUUGUGUUACCUGCUUUUAGUCUAGAGGACUCAGUGGAGUCUCCCAUCGUUCAGCCUGAGGAGCUCUGUUUGCCCAAUGGGCUGCCUCUCCCAGCUCCUCAGGAUCCCGAAGCUCUCGCUGUGAACACCGCAGAGCGUGAUGACAGCCCCAUUGCUGAGCCAGAGGUCAGCCAGACGUCCCCAAUGCAGACCUCUGUGACUGAGGCACCACCUGCACUAACUGUCCAGCACAUACCUGUAACCACUGACCUGUCAGCAUCUCUACCCAUUGCUGAGGAAAGUCCUGUAGAAGCUGAUUCACAGACCCUACCUGCUCAGCCUGAGGAUCACGAUGCUGCAGCUGAAGAACCUCUGGAUGCUCAGGAAGAUGUUCCAGUGCUUCAGUCCAGUGUUGAAGAAGUGAUUACACCCCCCUCAGAGACAUUCUCCAUGCCUGACAGCUCGCAGGAAACCCUGCCCACCUUGCCCACUCCACCCGAAGAGGAGAGAGAAGUCACUCUUCCUCACACCAUCUCCUCUGCCCUUGUAGAAACGUCUAUGCAAGCUGCUUUGUCAGUGCCAAAGAAGAAAAGGAAAAUGAAGGACCUCAACAAAAAAGAGGCAGUUGGAGAUCUCUUGGAUGCCUUUAAGGAGGAGCAGGUAGUCGCCCCGCCAGAGCUGGCCCCUGCCCCCCCACCAAAGGCUCAGCCCCCGGCCACAUCUCCUGCUGCCCCAGAGGAGGCAGACCUGACCUGGGAAGAUAAGGAGGACAAGUUUGAUGCUGAGAACAUUCAGCCUGAAUCUCCUACAUCUAACAACUCUGACAAGAAGUACCAAUACAAAGAAGAACAAUGGAAACCAAUCAACAUGGAAGACAAGAAGAAAUACGACCGGAAUUUUCUUCUGGGUUUUCAAUUCAUCUCUGCAAGCAUGAACAGACCUGAGGGUUUACCAGCCAUUAGUGACGUCGUCCUGGACAAGGCAAACAAGACUCCUCUACGUCAGCUGGACCCCAGUCGUCUACCAGGGAUGAACUCUGGGCCGGACUUCACACCAUCUUUUGCCAACCUUGGCAGGCCUGGCAUGGGAGGAGGAAAUAGAGGACCACCUCCAAGUAUGGGUAUUGGAGUUGGUGGCCCCCGCCGCUCCCAGCAGAUGCAGAGGAAGAUUUUUAUCACAAUGUCCUCUAACGAAGACGUGCAGCUCAACAAGGCAGAGAAGGCCUGGAAACCGUCUGUAAAGAAAGUCACUCCCAGCCGCGUGGCCGAGGACGUUGACGAAAACGAUCCAGAGAACAUGAAGACCCAGGAGUUAUUCAAGCGGGUCCGCAGUAUUCUCAACAAACUCACCCCCCAGAAGUUUCAGCAGCUCAUGAAACAGGUGAUGGAGCUGACCAUCGACACGGAGGAGAGGCUGAAAGGUGUCAUUGACCUCACCUUCGAGAAGGCAAUUUCCGAGCCGGACUUUUCAGUGGCUUACGCAAACAUGUGCCGCUGUCUUUCAGGGCUUAAAGUCCAAACCACAGAUAAGCCAGGAGCCACUGCAAACUUCCGCAAGUUGCUGCUGAAUCGAUGCCAGAAGGAGUUUGAGAAGGACAAAGAUGAUGAUGAGAUCUUUGAGAAGAAGCAGAAGGAGCUGGAUGCUGCAUCAGGGGGGGAGGAGAAGCAGCGACUAACUGAGGAGCUAGAAGAUGCUAAAGACAAGGCCAGAAGACGCUCACUGGGAAACAUCAAGUUCAUUGGUGAGCUGUUCAAGCUCAAAAUGCUUACGGAGGUCAUCAUGCAUGACUGCAUUGUAAAGCUCCUCAAAAACCAUGAUGAGGAGUCCCUGGAGUGCCUCUGCAGACUCUUGUCCACCAUUGGCAAGGACCUCGACUUUGAGAAGGCCAAGCCUCGUAUGGACCAGUAUUUCAAUCAGAUGGAGAAAAUUAUAAAGGAAAGGAAGACGACCUCCAGAAUCCGCUUCAUGUUACAAGAUGUUCUGGACCUCCGACGGAACAACUGGGUACCCCGGCGGGGGGAUCAAGGCCCCAAAACUAUCGACCAGAUCCACAAAGAGGCUGAGCUGGAGAUGCACCGGGAGCAGAUGAAGGUGCAGCAAGCCCUCAUUUCCAAAAAGGAAACCCCUGGAGGCAGGAUGGGUGGAGGAGGUCCUGGCCGGGGGGGCCCUCACACCCCAGGCCGCGGGGCUCCUUCUCAGGAUGAGGGCUGGAACACGGUUCCCAUUUCCAAGAACCGGCCUAUUGACACCUCUCGCCUCAGUAAAAUCACAAAGACUCCUGUUCUUGACUUUAACAACCAGCUGCUUGCUCCAGGAGGGAAAGGCUCGUGGGGGAGCUGGGGUAAAGGCAGCAGCGGGGGCACCAGUACCAAACCUGCAGAUCCUGGCGCAGAGUCAGGGAGCCGUCCUGCCACCAGCACCCUGAAUAGGUUCUCCGCCUUACAGCAGGCUUCCUCUAAUUCAGGCUUUUCUGUGGAUUCAGAGCGCAGAGUUCCUCAGAGAAACAGCUCAAGCCGAGAGAGAGGCGACCGCUUUGACCGGCGAGACGAGCGGGAUCGAAACAGACUGCAGGUCACCAAACGCAGCUUUAGCCGGGAGAAGGACGAGCGGGGCUCGGCCAAUCAUCUUCCCAGAAUGCCAAGCUCUGACCAUAGAGGCAGCAGUGAAAGAGCAAAAAGCAGAGACAAUGUGAAGCGGGAGACAACUGCCACGCCCCCGCCCCCCCAGAACAUUACCGAACCGGCCCUGACAGAAGAUGAGCUGGAGAAGAAGUCCACAGCCAUUAUUGAGGAGUACCUCCACAUUAAUGACAUGAAGGAGGCUCUGCAGUGUGUGCAGGAGAUGAACUGCCCUCAGCUGCUCUUUGUGUUUGUGCGAAGCGGGCUGGAGUCCACGCUGGAGCGCAGCACCAUUGCCAGGGAGCACAUGGGCCUGCUGCUGCACCAGCUCCUGAAGACCGGCAUCCUCCCAACGCCACAGUACUACAAAGGGCUUCAAGAGAUUCUGGAGGUGGCUGAAGACAUGGCGAUAGACAUACCGCACAUCUUCCUGUACCUGGCCGAGCUCAUCACUCCCAUGCUGCAGGAGGGGGGCAUCCCCAUGGGAGAGCUGUUCAGGGAGAUUGCAAAACCUUUGAUCCCUCAGGGCAAAGCUGGACUGCUGCUGGUCCACAUCCUCACCUUACUCUGCAAGGGAAUGAGCCAUAAAAAGGCAGGCACAUUGUGGAGGGAGGCGGGUCUUCGUUGGACAGAGCUUCUACCCGAAGACGUAGACAUCAACAAGUUUGUUACUGAAAAUAACGUGGAGUUCACGUUGGGCGACGAGUCAGAGAAGAGUGAGCAGAAGGAGAUGAGCGCCGCCGAGCUGACCAAACAGCUGGACAGACUGAUCCAGGACAGAGCGGACAACCAGAAGAUCUUUGACUGGGUGGAGGCCAACCUGGACGAGCAGCAGACGUCCUCCAGCCUGUUCGUUAGAGUCCUGAUGACCUGCGUCUGUCAAUCAGCAAUCAUUUGUGAGAACCCGUACAAGGUGGACAGCGAGCAGAUCAAGCUGAGGGCCAAGCUGCUGCAGAGAUACCUGAAGGACGAGCAGAAGGAGCUGCAGGCGCUUUACGCCCUCCAGGCCCUGAUGGUUCAGAUGGAGCAGCCCGCCAAUCUGCUGCGGAUGUUCUUUGAUAUCCUUUAUGACGAGGACGUGAUCAAAGAGGAGGCCUUCUAUAAGUGGGAGUCCAGCAAAGACCUGGCUGAGCAGCAGGGCAAAGGCGUGGCCUUGAAGUCCGUCACCGCCUUCUUCAUGUGGCUCCGGGAGGCCGAGGAUGAGUCGGACAACAGCUAGGGGGCGCCGGGCGGGGAACCCCGCUGGGAAUGUGGACGAUUCAGGAGAGUCUGAAUCCAUCUGAAGUCCUUCUGCAUGAACAGAAAAAGAGGAAAGGAUUCUUCAACUGGGAGAAAUUGCAUUAUAGAUCGAACAUUCGAUCUUUUUUUUUUUUCUGGAUUUCAUGUGAACAACAGAAUGUCUUUUUUUUUGAAAAAAUCAAAAACAUAGAAAAAAAACCAGGAUUGAUGGAGAGAAUGUGAGGACGGAGCGUGACCUUCAUUGGAUGAUGUCAUGCCGUCUCCUCAGUUAUUAGCUUUAGUUUCGCUUUCGCUUGUCGUGGCAAAACUAUCACAAGUUAUUACAUUUAUGACGGAUAUUAAUAAACAGCAAGAAGGACUUCGCGUCUAUUUUUUUGAAGAGUUGAUGUUUGAAUGGAAAUACAGCAACUGUGGCUCCAUGGGACGUUCGGAUGGAGACGCCAUCGUUGGAUGAGUGAAGUUUGUUUUUACUAAGGUUGAAAGGAAGGCUCCAGAUGAGGGGGCAGUCACUGAGGAGGGGGGCUUUGAGCCUGAUAGACUUAGGAGAAGAAGAUGGAAACUUGAAAAUCCAGACCGAUGUAUUUUGAUGCUGAAAGACUGAAAGAGUCUGUUCCCUUUGCUUUCUGGACUCUCGUGUAAAUAUGUGAUGAAGAGAUGUUUUUGUUUUCCAAAGAUGCUGCUGCUGUAUCUCUGUUCCUGAGACUAACCUGCAGUUCCCCCUGUAUUUAUAUUUUCCUCUCCUCAGCUGGCAGAAGGUGCUUGUAAUUACUCAACCUGUUGAUUACAGUUCAGUGGAACAUUUGUAAAUAUUUUUUUGCUUCUCUUUAAUAAAAAGAUAUUUAAUUAAAGAAAA